UUCUCUCAGGAUCCAAAGAAAGACAGCAGCUAUACAGCCGAACUGGGGUUUGUUCUGUUUUUUUUUUGUUUUUUUUGGGGGGGGGGGGGGAGGUUCGGCUUUUAAAGCAACCUCUGGACCAGUGAGGAGGCAGGCUGACUCUCCAGCAGUGAAGCGGACUCCUUGCCAGCAUCAUGUCUGGCCCUGGUUACCCACCUCUGAACCAGCCUCCCUACCCGGUCCCACAGCCCGGGGGAUACUCUGUGCCCCCCUACCCCAUGGCUCAGCCCGGAUAUGGAGAUCCUAGCCAGCCCGCACCCCCUCCAGGAUUCAGCGUCUACCCUCAGCCCGGGGGAUACCAGCCUGUCCCUAUUGCACAGCCCGUGGGCUACCAGCCUCUCCCAACCCAGAGCUACCAGCCAGGUCCGCUGAGCCCCCCCCACGGGUACCAGCCUGCCCCCACCAAUCCCGGGCCCUCCCCGGCACACGAUCCCCACAACCAGGUCACCCCUUACUCCGCUGUGCCCACCGGAGUGCCCCCGGGGCUGGAGUACCUCGCACAGAUCGAUCAGAUCCUGGUUCACCAGAAGGUUGAACUCCUUGAAGCCUUCAUCGGCUUCGAGACCAACAACAAGUACGAGAUCAAGAACAGCGUGGGCCAGAAGAUCUACAUGGCCACGGAGAAGAACGAUUGCUGCAACAGGAACUGCUGCGGCUCCCUGCGUCACUUCAACAUGAAGAUCACCGACAACAGCGACCACGAGGUCAUCCACCUGGUGCGACCCUACAAGUGUGCCAGCUGCUGGUGCCCCUGCUGCUUGCAAGAGUUGGAGGUGCAGGCUCCGCGGGGCACGACGAUCGGCUAUGUGGUUCAGACGUGGCACCCCUUCCUGCCCAAAUUCUCCAUUCAGAACGCCUCGAGGGAGACCGUCCUGAGGGUGGUGGGGCCCUGCUUCGCCAGCAACUGCUGUGGAGACAUCAACUUCGAGUUGAAGAUGAAGGACGAAGGUGCCAGUGUGGGUCGAAUCAGUAAGCAGUGGAGCGGGCUGCUGAAGGAGGUCUUCACCGACACGGAUAAUUUCGGGAUUCAGUUCCCUUUGGAUCUGGAUGUGAAGGUGAAGGCAGUGCUGCUUGGGGCCUGCUUCCUCAUCGAUUUCAUGUUCUUCGAGAAGACUGGAGAGGUGUCCCAGCGCAACACCGUCCUCUCCUGAGAGGUCGCUGGGACCGAGCGGCACCAAAACCAGCACCGAGAUUGAGUCCUUUGCAAAGUGCGUGCUGCCGCUCUCAAACAACCAAACCAAACCCGCGAAAUCCCAAACCUGGAAGGAAACCGCACUUCCAUUUUAAUCCAUUGAUAUUCUGAGCAGGGGGUGGAGCAGGGAAUUUCUCAGCCUGGACUGUAAAAUGCUCUAAUACUAUCCACUUGUGUCUUAUCAGGGGUAAAGGCUGAUCAGAUCAAUUAGUUGUCUACUGCCUGGCCACUUCAUUAGGACCUGUGUGUGCGUCCCCUCUCCGAUCGGGUUGGGCGUGGCCCUGGUGGGGGGGUCUCCUGGUAUACCCCGGGGGGGGGGGCCCUUGAUGACUCUGAACCAACAGUUGACUGAAGCAUCAAGUCUGCCCAGCAAUGCUGAGACCUGACGGCUGCUUUCAAUAAUGCAGCCUCCACUGAGCCAGAAUGGAGUGAGCAGCAGGGCAGAGACUUCUUCCACGGACGCCACAGCGAUCUCAAUCUGACUGCGUGAACGAUUCGUCAUCACUGCCCUCUGCCUGCCUCGCUGCACUCAAUACUAACGAGGGAAUGGAUCUAGACACCUUCCAGCGCCUUGUGGAGUCUGAGACUAGGCACAGGUCCUAAUAAAGUGGCCAGGCAGUGGAUAUCCCAAUAUAUAGAUCAGCUUAGCCGCUAGAGUAUCGUGGUACUUUUCCAUGUUUCUGACGCAUUGAUACAGACGUGUGGUGAAAGCCUCUGACCAUUUAGAAUCGGGGGUAACCCAACGUGCCCUCUUCGUUCAAGAACCCCUCCGUGAUCUGUUGUGCUUUUGGUCUUGUAUCGCGACACGGGCUUCCAUUGCGACAUGCCGUGUAAAGAAAGUGUCCUGAUUCGUCGCUACACUAUGAGUCGAUCCCCCUGUUUGUUUUCAACAGUUUACAACUUUUUUUCCCCUGUCCUGUGCUAUGCACUGGAGUAAAAUACAUGAUUUUGUAAAAAAAAUGGAUUUUAUUAAGAGUCAAUUGAUUUAAAAAGCCUGGGCAAAAUACAAGACCGUGUACAGUUGCCUUAAAGAGUAGAUUAUAUCACGUACAUUUUAGUGCCUGCCAUAGACACAGAACAUAAACUAGAUAUGCCUUUAUAGACACAGGAGCCAGCGCCAUCUGGUGGUCAGCCUCUCUGUCUGCAUGCUGUGGAAUACACCAGCUGUGUGCCUCAACCCUGCUUCCAGGGGACCCCCUGCUGGUUUCCAACCAAGCUCUCAGUUAUUGAACUGGACUCUUUAUCCACUGACACAGGGGAAGAGUCCUCCGUUUGCAUUGCAAAGCUAUUCAAUGUUAUUUUGCACCUCUUUCAAAGCUACAUUCCAUGUGCCUUUUGUAUUACAGUUUGAAGUCCAGUGUGUUAAUUGUAGUUCUUGUAUCUUAAGUAAACAAAUGAAGUUCGUGUUUUGGAAUGCUAAUAAAAAAAUAAACAGAUAUCUGUAUAA